CAUCAUCAUCUACUUAUCAUCAUUUCCAUAGUCUUCAUUCUCCCCCAUAUCCCUGCCGGAAAAAAGAUUCAAUAUUUAUCACCGGCGACACAAAUGGCGUCAUCAAUUUCACACCUUUCAGUAUCCCCGCCACUAAUUUCACACUCAAACACCAUAAAACAUAAACCCCACAAAAUUUUCACAAACUUUAUGAAAAAUAACCCAAGAUUUCGUUCUCCGGCGAUCAAGAACGGCGCCGGCGGUGGUGCGGCGUCAGCUUUUGCGUGUUCUACGUCAUACCCUUUUAUUGGGAAAGUGGGGUUGCAUAGAAGAGAAGGAAAUUUCAAUAUGUUAUCUUAUGGUACAAACUAUAAUACAGGAUCAACGGUUGCCGUGAAAACUGACGUGUCACAGAUUUUAUCGGCGGCGUUGCCGUUUGUGGUGGCGGUUACGGCGGUUGCUGCGUUGUCUCAGCCUUUGACAUUCACUUGGGUGUCAAAGGAACUUUAUGCUCCAGCACUUGGUGGAAUCAUGUUAUCAAUUGGUAUUAAGCUUUCUAUUGAAGAUUUCAUGCUUGCUUUUAAAAGACCUUUACCGUUAACUUUGGGGUUUCUUGCUCAAUAUGUGUUGAAACCGGCUUUAGGGGUAUUUGUGGCACGAUCAUUUGGGAUGUCCCCCAUUUUCUAUGCCGGGUUUGUGUUAAUGUCGUGUGUUGCAGGAGCUCAGUUGUCUAGUUAUGCUAGUUUUUUGAGCAACGGGGAUGUAGCUUUGAGCAUUCUCUUAACGAGUUCAAGUACUAUUGCCUCUGUUCUUGUUACCCCUCUUUUAACCGGUCUUCUUAUUGGAUCAGUUGUCCCGGUGGAUGCUAUAGCAAUGUCUAAAUCAAUCUUGCAGGUUGUUCUUCUUCCAGUCACACUCGGCUUAGCACUUAAUACAUAUGCAAAACCAGUUGUAUCUAUUCUUCAACCCGUGAUGCCAUUUGUAGCUAUGUUUUGUACUUCAAUUUGUAUUGGCAGUCCGUUAGCUAUUAACCGUAGCCAAAUUCUGUCAACAGAAGGUCUGAAGUUGGUUUGGCCUGUAUUGACGUUUCAUGCAGUUGCAUUUACCUUCGGUUAUUGGAUUUCCAAACUUCCGUUCUGUAGGCAAGAGGAGGAAGUAAGCAGAACGAUUUCACUAUGCACAGGAAUGCAGAGCUCGACAUUGGCAGGACUCCUUGCAACCCAAUUCCUGGGAAGUAGCCAAGCAGUUCCACCUGCAUGUUCAGUGGUCGCAAUGGCAAUAAUGGGACUCUGCCUGGCUUCUUUUUGGGGCAAUGGUUUUCGAAUCAGAGACUUACCGUAUGUUUUCAUCCGACAAACCGAUUCAACCGUUAGCCAAUGAAUAAAAUGAUGUUCUUGGUUAGCAAUUUUUAGUCAAUUAUUGGGUAGAGCUAAAUACGUUAUAGGCAGUGUAGUGUAGCAACUAAAUACAAGUCAAAAUAGUUUUUACAUGAUAGAUGACUUAAGAUAAACGCUAAUACAUGGGUAUCUAGUAAAUGUUGGCUUUUUGGGUUUCAAAGGCACACUUGCUCCGUGCGUUGACACGAAUUCUUUGAUGUAAUUUGUAUAUUGUCUACUUAUAGAAUUAGUUUAAAGUGUUGUGCCUC